AUUUUGUUUACCAAUCAAAAGUUGCAAAAAGUAGACCGCCACAUAGAAUGGUCUUUUUUGUGAGACGUUUAAAGCAAAAUUUAAAAAGUUUUUUAAGAAUCCAACAUUUUUCAAGCAAAAUGUCAGACAAUAAAGCUCAAUUACUGUUGGAAAGAGCGAAAAAUGUCGUGCCAGUACUCAGCGAUGAGCGACACAAAGGUCAAUAUGGCAGAAUUGGAGUUUUUGGAGGCUCCAUGGAGUAUACGGGAGCUCCUUAUUUAGCCGCUAUUAGUGCAUUAAAAACGGGCGCUGAUCUCGUUCAUGUGUUUUGUCCUCAACAAGCAGCUCAAGUAAUUAAAAGUUAUUCGCCCGAAUUGAUAGUGCAUCCCGUGAUGGAUUCGCCGCAUGCAUUAGCCCAAAUCGAGCCAUGGUUAGAACGACUUCAUGUUUGCGUCAUUGGACCCGGCUUGGGACGUGAUCAAAAAAUUUUACGAACAAUUUCUGAGCUGAUUCGCAUUUGUCGUCAACUACAAAAGCCUCUGAUUGUCGAUGCUGACGGUUUAUUUCUUCUUACGCAGGAUAUUUCGCUCGUUGCUGAAUACCAAGGAUGCAUUUUGACCCCAAACGCGAUUGAAUUUUCGCGAUUAUUUGGAAACUCUCCGAAUAAAUUGCAUUCGGUGAUCGAAAAAUUAGGAUCUGGCGUCACGGUGUUGGAAAAAGGACCGAAAGAUAUUAUUUACGAUACGACGCUAAAUAAUAAAUUUGAAUGUGCGGCAGGAGGUUCGGGACGUCGAUGCGGCGGACAAGGAGAUUUACUUGCGGGCGUUUUGUCAACUUUUUAUUUUUGGGCGAUUGAUGCGAAAGAUCCUGCUCCGGCGGAUGUUGCGUGUUUUGCUGCUUCGAUGCUCGCAAAGACUUGUAAUGAAUUGGCAUUUCGCAAAAAAGGGCGAAGUAUGACAACUUCCGAUAUGGUUGAAGAAAUUCAUAAUGCGUUUGAAACUCAUUUUGAACAUGAAAAUAACUGAAAAUAAAUAAAAAAAUAUUUUUUAUUGGUUUUAGAAAAAAGUUUGGGUAUGAAAUGAAAUAAUUUUUUAUUAAUUUGUUGGUCUUUUUCACCAAAAAUAAAAUAUUUUUUAAUUAUUAUUGGGCUUAAAAGGAUUCUAAAUAAAAUUUUUUAUAUUUUUUAAAUAUUUUUUCUUAAACUUUUUAAAUAAAUGAAUAAUUUUAAAAUUUUAAUUUUAAAUUUUUCUUAAAAUUUCUUAAAUAUUUUUCUUGAGGAAUUUUUAUAAAAUUUUAUCAAUUUUCGUU